AUGGCGGCGCCUAUAUCAACCGUAUCCGAAAGUCGCGAGGUUCGCGGCCUCAAUCUCAUUGCUGCCCAUUCUCACAUUCGAGGUCUCGGUGUAGACCUCGCGACAUUAGAACCGAGAGCCUCGUCCCAAGGACUAAUCGGCCAAGAGAAAGCACGGAAAGCGGCGGCAGUCAUCCUACAGAUGGUGAAAGAAGGCAAGAUUGCUGGGAGAGCAGUUUUGGUUGCUGGUCCUCCAAGCACGGGAAAAACUGCAAUCGCGAUGGCUAUGGCACAAUCCUUGGGUCCCGAUGUCCCCUUCACGAUGCUUGCGUCAUCCGAAAUCUUCUCCCUCGAGAUGUCCAAAACGGAAGCCCUAACACAAGCAUUCCGCAAGUCCAUCGGUGUGAGGAUAAAGGAAGAGAGCGAGAUCAUUGAAGGAGAGGUGGUUGAGAUCCAAAUUGACAGGAGCGUUUCAGGGGGCAACAAACAAGGCAAACUCACGAUCAAAACAACCGAUAUGGAAACCGUCUACGACAUGGGCACUAAAAUGAUUGAUUCAAUGACCAAGGAGAGAGUCAUGGCUGGCGACAUCAUCUCAAUUGAUAAGUCCUCGGGGAAAAUUACGAAACUAGGGAGAUCAUACACGCGCUCACGAGACUACGAUGCAAUGGGUGCAGAUACCAAAUUCGUGCAAUGUCCGGAAGGAGAACUUCAGGUGCGGAAAGAGGUUGUCCACACCGUUAGUUUGCAUGAAAUCGAUGUCAUCAAUUCGAGAACACAGGGGUUCCUUGCCCUCUUUUCCGGCGACACGGGCGAGAUACGGAGUGAGGUACGGGAUCAGAUCAACACCAAGGUCGGAGAAUGGAAAGAAGAAGGGAAAGCCGAGAUCAUCCCCGGCGUGUUGUUCAUUGACGAAGUGCACAUGCUUGACAUCGAGUGUUAUUCAUAUAUCAAUCGUGCCUUGGAAGCAGAUCUGGCACCGAUCGUCAUCAUGGCAAGCAAUCGAGGAUUUACUCGCAUUCGCGGGACGACAUACAGCUCGCCGCAUGGCCUCCCGUUGGAUUUCCUGGACCGACUCGUCAUAAUUAGCACUCAGCCGUACUCGGCCGACGAAAUUUCCCAAAUCCUCGCCAUUCGUGCCCAGGAAGAAGAAGUCGACCUCUCAGUAGACGCGCUUGCCCUUCUCACCAAGAUCGGCCAGGAAUCUGGCCUCCGAUAUGCGAGUAACAUUAUCACCACAUCCACAUUGCUGAGUCAGAAGCGAAAGGCAAAAGAGGUCGGCAUUGAAGAUGUUCAACGAAGUUACAGAUUAUUCUACGAUCCUGCGAGGUCAAUCAAACUUGUCAACGACUUCGAGAAAAAUUUCAUCAGUGACGCUGGGGAUGUUACUUUGGCGGUCAACGGUUCCAAUGGAACGAUCGGCGAUGCAAUGGACACGGCGUAA